UGUGUACGGAGCUCGCGUUAUGUCAGACUGGCGAAGAUCGAGAUUGAGAUUGAAUUGGGAUUUAGCCAAUCAGAAGAAAGAAAAACGAGUCUCAAGUUUAUUAAAAUUUCCUCCGAUCGAUCAAAUUCCAAUCCACUCUCAAUUUCAAUUGUUAUUUUGAUACGCGAGAUGAGAACAGCUGAUGAGAUCAUUGAAAAAGAUGCAGAACAUCGCAGGGAAGUUACAUUACUCGAGCGUCAGUGCUACGAUCGCACGUGUCACCGUUAGAUGGUUAUCGACAUCAGGAUCUGUCACAGCAUCUAAGGAUACCAAGGAAGCAGCCAGUGCUCAAACAGUCAUGGAUGAGGUCCUCAUAAAAGAUGUCGGGGAUAACGGCGUGAUAGUUUUAAAUCGACCUAAGGCACUGAACGCCGUAACUUUGUCCAUGGUCCAAAAGAUACAUUCCGCUCUCAGGCAAUGGGAAUCUUCCAAGAAGCUGGUGAUAAUAGAGGGCACGGGUGAUAAAGCGUUUUGCGCGGGUGGCGACGUCAAAUCGCUCGUCUUGGCGUUGAACGAGCCAAAGGGGCAGCUUCAGGGCGAAGAGUUCUUCAGGAGGGAGUACACCUUAAAUCAUUUUAUCGGGACAUACGAGAAGCCUUACAUCGCUAUCAUCGACGGGAUAACCAUGGGAGGCGGCGUUGGACUGUCUGUACACGGCAAAUACAGAAUUGCCACGGAGAGAACUCUAUUCGCCAUGCCAGAGACGGCAAUUGGACUGUUUCCCGAUGUCGGUGCGACUUAUUUCUUGUCCAGAUUGAAAGGCAAACUGGGUAUCUAUCUAGGCUUGACGGGGCACAGAUUAAGAGGUAUCGACGUUCUCCUUGCUGGAAUCGCCACGCACUUUGUACCGUCGGAGAAACUCGCGGAUUUGAAGCGCGAUUUAUUAACGUUACGUGAUGCCGACAUCGAACCAGUUUUAAACAAAUAUCAACCGAAACUAAAUCAUGAAUUCAGUUUGGCACCGCAUAUGUCGCAGAUAGAAAAUUGUUUCUCUGCCUCAUCCGUGGAAGAGAUAAUUGAAAGGCUAAAGAAAGAUAAUUCCGACUGGGCGCAAAAGAACAUAGAAGCACUACUCAAAAUGUCACCAUCUUCUCUUAAAAUCACCAAAAAGGCAAUCGACGAAGGAAAAGGAAAAUCCUUAGCGGAUUGUUUGAAGGUCGAAUAUAGAUUGGCCUGUACCGCCCUGAGGAGAGACGGCGAUUUCUACGAAGGCGUCAGAGCUCUCUUGGUCGACAAAGAUCAGAAACCAGUGUGGAAGCCGAUGUCCUUGGCCGACGUAACGGACGAAUAUAUAAAUAAACGAUUCGCAGCGCUUCCCGUGGAGAAAGAAUUGCAGUUGUCUUCCAGCAAACUAUAGAAAUUAAGAGACAUUUUUUUAUAUGUACCAUAUGGAUAUACACCAUCGUUAUAUGAAAAUAAGUUCCUAAAGAUUUUAUUUUUAUACCCUAAUUUUGUACAGAAAUUUAUAUUAAAAUUGUUGACAUUGUUGACCUUUUUCAGGUUUUAA